UUGUUGCUGUAGUUACAGUUCUGCAGAUUAGCAACUAACAAGAACCACAUUUAAAAAUCCGCUCAAUAGGCCAGACUGCCUGGGACUGGGAUAUCUCUUGCAAAGGCACCGACCAACCACUUGAAUCAAUUAAGCAGAUUUGCGUUACUAUGACUACCGCAGUGCGUAAACAAAUCAGGAGUCCGAUGUGAUAAAGGAACCCGCGCAGUGUUUCAUAGCAACUUAAAGUACAGAAGGCGGCUCACACAUGCAACUACGACUAACUGUCUGCUGCUAGCAGAGAUUUUAAAUUAGACCCGGUUUUGUAUAGGAAAGUCAGUUACGUAACUUUAUUUUUAGAGAGUAAAUAAGAUGCACAGUUGAGCUAAAAAAAUUUGUUAGAAAGCAUUAUAUCUAGUCUGACAACUUGAGGUGACGCGCUAUAGUCAACACCACACAAACUGCAACAUUGUAAUUUAUCGCGAAUUUUUUUUCUGGUUGAGAUUUCUAGUGGAUAUUUAUUACUGUAUUGCAGCCAUGGACAGUAUAUAAUUCAAUUGCGAUGCUUAACUAUAUUUAAAAACGCAGUUCGAUGUCCUGUUUUUUUUUUCUUCAAAAAUAUCGUCUGUCAGAGCCUGAACACAUUUCAGUGUUGUACAGCUUCCUUUAAUUAUUUAAUUUUCUACCGCAGCGGAACUGAUUAUUUUCUGCUUUUUGAGUGUUUGAUUCCACCCGGAGGUUGUUUUGGAGAGGGAAGACGGUGGCUGUGAAUUUGAUGUUGUUGAUUGUUUGAAACCAAGUUAACAAAAAAUAAUAAUAAUAAUUAAACAGAAACAUUACACUGGGCCGUCUUGCGUAUAUUUUAAAUAUAGUAUAACACAAGAAGAAAAAAGAGAUGUUUAAAAACACGUUUCAGAGUGGGUUUCUGUCUAUCCUGUACAGCAUCGGUAGCAAACCUCUUCAGAUCUGGGACAAAAAGGUGAGAAAUGGACACAUUAAAAGGAUAACGGACAAUGACAUCCAGUCGCUGGUUUUGGAGGUUGAAGGCACAAAUGUCAGCACUACAUAUAUCACAUGUCCAGCAGAUCCAAAGAAGACUCUUGGUAUCAAGCUUCCAUUCCUGGUCAUGAUUAUCAAGAACUUAAAGAAGUAUUUCACAUUUGAAGUCCAGGUGCUGGAUGACAAGAACGUCAGACGCCGUUUUCGGGCGAGUAACUACCAGAGCACCACCCGGGUGAAACCAUUCAUCUGCACCAUGCCCAUGCGACUGGAUGACGGCUGGAACCAGAUCCAGUUCAACUUGUCUGAUUUCACACGCCGGGCAUACGGGACCAACUACAUUGAGACCCUCCGAGUGCAGAUUCAUGCAAACUGUCGUAUUCGAAGAGUGUAUUUCUCGGACAGACUGUACUCGGAAGAUGAGCUUCCAGCAGAGUUCAAACUUUACUUACCAGUCCAGAAUAAAGCAAAGCAAUGAAGAGUGAGCAGUUCAUCACGUUUCAACCCAGAUGUUAAAUAUUUAUCUUUAGAUCCUGCAUUAGAAUGAGAUGAGAACACCGUCCCUUAUACAGUCAUUUAUUUUUUAUUUCUACCUUUAUUUGUGACCCACGUGAUUACUGCUGUAUUGCUUUAUGUAUAUUCUGUGGGCAAUUAAAGAUGUUUAUAUAACAAA